UCGACCCGGGCUCCAUGCCCAAGGAUAUCGAGGUAUGGAUCCGCGCGCCGACAGACAAGCGCAGCCGGACGCUCCAGGAUUGGAGCAGCCAGCGCUGGGGCUCCGCCCUCAGGGGCCCGGACAGCAACCGCCUCCGCCAGCGCGGAUUUGUCAAGGUCGCUGAGUUUCAGUACGACAACAGCGUCACCAAGGGCGAGAGCCAGAUCUUCAGGCUACCAGAGGAGCUGCUGAACAUGGACGCCCAGACGCGACAGGUCCUGGUGCGCGCCAAGACGAAUUACGGGGCCAAGGACCACACCUGCUUCUACCGCCUACAACUGUGGGGUGACGAGGGUGGAAACCGAGAUAUGAGCAUGGUUGAGUGAGUGAAGGAAUGAGAGAGUCCGCCUCUUUCCACGCAUAGAGGGAUAACAAACCCUCAAGACAUUGUUUGUUCGAUUCGUCGGUCGGCUAAAUGAGCCAGGAGAGAAAGUUAGGAUGUUGACGAAUAGAUGGAACAAACCCACAGAGACAUUUGUUUGGUCAGUCGGCUGACUGACCGCUUUGUGCAUUUUUAAAGAAGAAAUCAUCAGGGUGGCUAGCAAGCAUUGGCGUUUAUCGGAGAUACCCAGAAUAUUUGUACAUUUUCACCAUAGCACCCGUCUGCUCUGGAUCGGACCGAGAAUCAAUUGAACGUCCACGAC